AUGAGCUCGGAAAAGGACGAGGAUACCACGCCCCGCCAGCGACUAUCGUGCUCCAAAUAUUUUGAUGCGCUGUGGUUUUGCUACUCCCCGGUCCACCAGAUGCAGCAGUACUACCGGCUUGGUUCCCUCGACUCUUACUCGGGAAAAUGGGGUGCCCUUUAUGACUGUUUGAACCUUAAAACCAGAAGAGCUUCAGAAGUUGAGGUGUCUUUAUCAAACUUGCUUGGUCACUAUAUUUCAUAUAUUACCAUUCUAUGGAAAUUGAGGACGACGACACCAAACCCACCUCUAAGAUCCCCGAUGAACACCCACUCGUCGCUUCCAUCUUCGAUGGCGGCACCUUUCCCACGGCAAACCCCUGUUAAGAUGCAUACGCUGCCCGUACGAGACUGCCUGUACGAGGCAAAAGCGGAUGCGGUUGCGGUGGCGGAGCUCAUCCCAGACGAUCUCCGCCGUCAGGCCCACGACCCCGCCCUGGCACUCGAGUUGGGGAAUCUUCCAGAGGCCGAGUAG